AUGACACUAAUUAAAUGGUCAAACAAUAACAAACCUGGAAAGCUGAUAACAAAGAUUGCUGUUGGAGGCACCACCACAGAAGAAAUACAAUUGUUGGACAAUACAUUUACACAUAAGGGCAAAAAAGAAAUGACACAAGUAUAUUUAGAGUGGUGCAAAUUCAUACAUGAAACUAUAAUCUACCAAUGCUGCCAUAAAUUUCUAAAGUAUUUCCUUGAGAAAAGAGGAACUCAAGUAAAAAACAAAGUGAAACCGCGAGUCAGACUUAUUCAGAAAGCAUCAGAUUCUGGAGGUUUUCAAGUGAGCUGUUUGGCGACUGGGUUUUACCCUCGUCACAUCAACCUGACCCUGUUGAGAGAUGGACAGCCUGUAUCUGAUCAUGAGGUCACUGGAGGAGAUCUGCUGCCCAAUGGAGACGGGACGUUCCAGAUGAGGAAGAGUCUGGAGAUCAGAGCAGAGGAGAGACAAAAAAACAAAUACACCUGCUCUGCCACACACCUCAGUCUGGACAACAAACUUAUUGUACCUUUAGAUUUUGAUCCUGGAGAACCAUUUAAAUCAGUGAUUCCUGCUGUGUUAAUAGUUUUGUCUCUAGUGUUGGUGUUUAUAACUGGAUUUGUCUUAUUUAAAUGCAGGAAGAGACGAGGUAAGAUUCACUUAAUAACAAAAUAA